GUAACUAUGCAGAACAGUAACACAGAGCAUCCUUUCAAGCAGACUAGAUGCGAUGAUACCCCAGAAACCCGGCCAGAUACCCACACUGCAGCGACGGAGAGAUCCCCGGGUCCUGAACUCCACCCUGACCCCAAGACCUGGGACCCGGAGCAGGUGUGCGCCUUCUUACAGCGCAGUGGCUUCAGUGACCCUCUGCUGCAGACACGUUUCCGAGAAAACAAAAUCACAGGUUCGCUACUGCCCUUUCUUGAUGAGUCUCUUCUUGAAAAUCUUGGAGUGAGUUCCUUAGGGGAGAGAAAGACACUGCUUCAUUAUAUCCAAAGACUGAAUCAAAUUCAAGCUGAUACAAUGAAGGUUAUUAAUGAUCCUAUCCAUGGCCACUUUGAGCUCCACCCUCUCCUUAUCCGAAUCAUUGACACACCUCAGUUUCAGCGGCUUCGAUACAUAAAACAGUUGGGAGGCAGUUACUACGUAUUCCCUGGAGCUUCACACAACCGAUUUGAGCACAGUCUGGGGGUAGGGUAUCUAGCAGGAUGUCUAGUUCGUGCGCUGCAUGAAAAACAACCAGAGCUGCAGAUAACUGAGCGGGAUAUGCUCUGUGUUCAGAUUGCGGGGCUCUGUCAUGAUCUAGGUCAUGGACCAUUUUCUCACAUGUUUGAUGGAAGAUUUAUUCCACUUGCUUGCCCAGAGGUAAAAUGGACGCAUGAACAGGGCUCAGUCAAGAUGUUUGAGCACCUAGUUGAUUCUAAUGGACUCAGAGAAGUCAUGGAACACUAUGGUCUCAUCCUUGAAGAAGAUACUUGUUUUAUCAAGGAACAGAUUAUAGGACCACUUGAAUUCUCUAACCAAGAGUCUGUGUGGACAUAUAAAGGGCGUCCUAAAGAGAAAAGCUUCCUCUAUGAGAUUGUGGCUAAUAAAAGAAAUGGCAUUGAUGUGGACAAAUGGGAUUAUUUUGCCAGGGACUGCCAUCAUCUCGGAAUCCAAAAUAAUUUUGAUCACAAGCGCUUUAUCAAGUUUGCCCGUGUCUGUGAAGUAGAUAAGAAGAAACAUAUUUGUACUAGAGAAAAGGAAGUUUGGAAUCUGUAUGACAUGUUCCACACACGCAACUGUUUACAUCGCAGAGCUUACCAACACAAAGUUGGUAACAUCAUUGAAACAAUGAUUACAGAUGCUUUGCUCAAAGCAGACCCCUAUAUAGAAAUUAUAGGUGCUGAAGGAAAAAAAUACCACAUUUCUACAGCAAUUAAUGACAUGGAAGCCUUCACUAAGCUAACAGAUAACAUUUUUCUGGAGAUUUUAUACUCUACUGAUCCCAAAUUGGAUGCAGCACGAGAAAUUUUAAAGAAAAUUGAAUGCCGCAAACUAUACAAGUAUGUGGGUCAAACUCUUCCUCCAGUGGAACAAAAGAUUAAAAGGGAAAUGUAUAAAUGCCUCCCACAUGAGGUUGCUGACGCUAAACCCAAUGUAUUGCUACAAGCUGAACUGAAGGCGGAAGAUUUCAUAGUGGAUGUUAUCAACAUGGAUUAUGGAAUGGAAGAUAAGAAUCCUAUUGAUCAUGUUCACUUCUAUUUCAAGAAUGAUCCCAACAGAGUAAUCAUGAUUCCUAAAGAUCAGGUUUCACAACUUCUGCCUGAGAGAUUUGCUGAACAGCUGAUUCGUGUGUACUGUAAGAAGACAGAUAAGAAGAGUUUAUAUGCUGCACAACAACACUUUGAUCAGUGGUGCUUCACCAGAGGUUUCACAAGGCCACAGAUGUUGGGAGCAGAAGGGGACAAAAAGGAAGGGUCAGAUGUGAGCUGCCCAGUAAAUUGA